GCAUAUUGAAGGUGCAUGAUAGUGGAGGAGAGCUAUCUGCUAACUUCACUCGAAUUGCAUAAAUACCGUCAAAUUUUCUUAGCAAUCAUCAUUCGGUCAACUACCCGACUUCUACUAACAAUUUCAGCUAUCUUGAAGCAUUCAGCUAAAAUGAAAGCAUUCGUAAUUGCACUUUUGGCUACUGCCGUUGCUGCCGAUGUCUCCCACUUGACAGGACCAAAGAAGGAAUAUCUUCCUCCAUUCCAAGGUGGUGCUCAAGGAGGCCCAUUGGGUCCAUCCAGAGGGCCUAGCCGCGAAUAUCUUGCGCCUCAUCAAGGGCAUGGCGGCGCAUCUCAUUCGGGCUCAGGACAAUUUGGUGGCCAUGGCCACGCCGGAGCCGGACAAUUUGGGGGACAUGGAGCAGGAGCAGGAGCGGGUUCUCAAUCAUUCGGACAUCAACGUCCUUCAAAUCAAUACCUAGCCCCACAGGCAGGCGGUCAGUUUGGCGGUUCAGGUAGCGGACAUUUUGGAGGUGCUUCUGGAGCUGGCCAAUUUGGAGGAUCUGCAGGUAGCUUUGGACAAAAGCCUUCAAACCAAUAUUUGGCCCCACAUCAGGGAAAAUUCGGAGGUAGCCAACAAUCGCACUUUGGUGGACAACAUAGUUCCCAAUUCGGAGGCGCUGGUGGUGCCUCCAGACCAUCCAAUCAAUACCUCGCUCCUUUUGCCGGGCAAGGCAGCGGUGCCUUUGGCGAUGCUUCUCCAGCUCAUUCUUUUGGGGCUGAUGGCUACAAAUAUAAAUCACCAAAUUUCUAAUCCAAAGUAAAUGAAGAACUAAAUUUCUUGUGAAUGUAUU